ACCUUUGAUCCAGUUACCCAACAUCCUGCGUUCCCUUGUGGGAUAUCCCCUGAGGUUCAGAGGGGUAAAAGUGCCAGCCUCACUUCGCUUCCAGUGUCCCUUUUCUGCUGAGGAAGGAGCGAGGACUUCAACAGACUGCUCUCCUGUCCUCAGAGACGAGAGUCAUCUAGAGCAGACCUCCACCAACGCUACCCCUUCAACCACCACCAACCCCCUCAAUCCCAGUACCAGCGCCUCUUUCCACACCCACCACCCACCAUCACCACCAUCACCACCACAUCUACCACCACCAACACAAUCAUUCAGCUCCACCACCACCAUAACCACCACCCAACUUGGAAAACCAGCUCUUCUACCUCCACCUCCACCAUGCUCCCUGCGGUGCUACUCGCCGCGUUGUUCUGCUACGUGGGCCCCGUCGACGGUGGUAAGGUCCUGGUUGUCCCGGUUGAUGGGAGCCACUGGAUCAACAUGAAGGUGCUGAUGGAGGAGCUGCACUCCAGAGGUCAUGAAAUCACAGUGCUGCGGCCCAACGACGCCUGGUACAUCAAGGACAACUCUCCUCACUACCGCACUGUCACAGUCGACUUCUCCGCUGGCUUCAACGAGGAGGACUUUGGUUCAAUGGCUGCCCGCAUCAUCAGUCUGCGGCGUGCUGGGGGGUCCGUAUGGCACCGCAUGUCCGUGGAGAUGGAGAUGUUAUUCAUGUUCCGGCAGUUUCACUUGUCAACCGUCAACAUGAUUGAGAAAAUCUUUGAAGACGGGGAGCUGAUGCAGAGCUUCCAACAGGCCGGGUACGACCUGGUUCUGACAGACCCGGCCAUGGGGACGGGCGUGCUGCUGGCCCGACGUCUGGGUCUCCCUCUGGUCCUCAAUGUCAGGUGGACCAUCCAGGGGGAGGGCCAUGGAGCAAUAGGCCCAAGCCCCCUCUCCUAUGUUCCCACCCCAGGGGCAGAGCUGACGGACGUGAUGAGCUUCACCCAGCGGAUCAGCAACACCCUCUUCUAUCUAUUCACCCGGCUACAGAUCGCCUUCAUCAUUGAACCGAACUAUGGGCCCCUGGUGCAGCGCUACUUCGGCGUGCACUACAUGGAGCUGUUCCAGGCCGCAGACAUCUGGUUGAUGAGGACCGACUUCACCUUUGAGUUCCCUCGGCCCACCAUGCCCAACAUCGUCUACAUGGCCGGCUUCCAGUGCAAGCCCUCCAAGCCCCUCUCCCCAGACCUGGAGGCCUUUGUCCAGAGUGCGGGGGAGCACGGCGUCAUCAUCAUGACCCUGGGGACGCUGGUGGGAGGGCUGCCUGAGGAACUGACGGAGGACAUCGCUGCAGCGUUCGCUGAGUUGCCCCAGAAGGUGGUGUGGCGGCACACCGGCAAAAGGCCCUCCACCGUGGGGAACAACACCUUGCUGCUAGACUGGCUGCCCCAGAAUGACCUCCUCGGCCACCCCAGCACCAGACUUUUUGUGGCACAUGGUGGGACCAAUGGCAUCCAGGAGGCUAUCUACCACGGGGUGCCUCUGGUGGGCCUGCCGCUGAUGUUCGACCAGCUGGACAACUUCUCCAGGGUGAGAGCCAGAGGCGUGGCCAAGGUCCUCGACCUCUCCACGGUGAACAGAGAAAGCUUCCUGUCGGCCCUGAAGGAGGUGCUCUACCAGCCCACCUACCGGGACAAGAUGCAGCGUCUGUCUGCGCUGCACAGAGACCAGCCCACCAAGCCCCUGGAGAGAGCCAUGUUCUGGAUAGAGUUUGUGAUGAGACACAAGGGGGCGCCACACCUCAGAACGGACUCCUACAAGAUGUCAACAGUUCAGUACUACAGUGUGGAUGUGGCCCUGUUCCUCCUGUCGGUUGUGCUGCUGGUCCUGCUUAUCUCCGGUGCUACACUCAGGUUCUUAUGGCGCCGGGUGGUGCGCAGGAGUAAAGGCAAGCAGGAAUAAUGUAAACAUUCUAACAGGCGUUCCUUCAAAGGGAUUGUUAAGAUAUGGGAUUCUUAUGUAAAUCAUGUAAAACAAAAAUAUAAUAUAACUUACCUGUGUAUCUUACAUAAAUAAAUCUGUUCAUA